AUGCCUCCGGCAAGAACGGCCAGACGAGUGGUGACGGAUGAGAAUGCGGAGACGGGAACUCAGAGGUUGACGCGUGCGAAGGCCGCAGCACUCGAGACGUCUGCGGGUGACCCACCUAAGAAGGCGCUCGCCACGAAACGCUCGACAACCGCACCACUAAACGGCACCAUCGCCGGCCGCAAGAGGACAGCUCUUGCAGACGUGAGCAAUGUUACGAAAAAGGACGCCACGGAGAAUGUGGAGGGGAAGAAAGGUGCACUGGAGAAGCCUACCCUGUCCAGAUCCGCGAAGCCGGCCGGCGUCACCAAGCAGCCGGCGCGUACCAACUCGACGCGUACGGUGCUUGGCCAGAAGACAACCAACAGUGGAUCAUCCGAUCUCAAACGACCUGCAAGUGGCAGUGGCUUCGCCGGACAAGUCGCGAAGAAACGCAACACGUCCUCAUCGAAGCCGCCGAUGGUCGUUGAUGAUGAGGACGAAGAAAACGCGCCGCCAGCAACCAAUGGCGUAAAGUCUUCAGUCGAGAUUAAGAAGAAGACGACAACUGUAAACAGUACCACCACCAAAGCCUGCCUGAAGCCCGACGAAGACGACGACUAUCCGUCACUCGAAGAGGUCAUCAAGGACGCAAAAGAUCUUGACGCCGAAGAUGUUGACGACCCGCUCAUGGUUGCCGAGUACGUGCAUGAGAUAUUCGACUACAUGCGCGAGCUCGAGAUAACAACCAUGCCCAAUCCGUCGUACAUGGACAGCCAAACUGACCUCGAAUGGAAGAUGCGCGGUAUCCUUGUCGACUGGCUGUUGGAGGUGCAUACUCGGUUUCGCCUUCUACCGGAAACACUCUUCCUCACCGUCAACAUUAUCGACCGCUUCCUGUCCAGUAAGGUCGUGCAGCUGGAUCGCUUACAGCUCGUCGGCGUCACGGCCAUGUUCAUUGCGAGCAAGUACGAGGAAGUCCUGUCACCGCACGUCCAGAACUUCGUGCACGUCGCCGAUGAUGGCUUCUCAGAAACUGAGAUAUUGUCCGCCGAACGCUUCGUCCUCGCCGCGCUCGAUUACGACCUGUCCUACCCUAACCCAAUGAACUUCCUGCGGCGAAUUUCGAAAGCGGACAGCUACGACAUCCAGACGCGUACGCUGGGCAAGUACCUUCUUGAGAUUGGAUGUCUGGAUCACCGCUUCUUGAAGUACCGACCGAGUCUGCUGGCGGCUGCGGCUAUGUACCUUGCCCGCAUGGCGCUCGGCCGUGGUGAAUGGGACGCGACGCUCAGCAAAUAUGCUGGCUACACUGAGCAGGAGAUCCAGCCGGUUUUCAAGCUAAUGGUCGACUACCUGCAUUCACCAGUGCAGCACGAUGCUUUCUUCCGCAAGUAUGCGAGUAAGAAGUUUCUGAAGGCUUCCAUCGUCCUUCGCCAAUGGGCCAAGAAAUGGGCCCCUAAGUAUCUCGACAACGUGCAGGAUCAGCCGAGCAGUGGCAAGACUCCUCGCUCAUAG